CCUCUGAUCAGCUGACCUCUUCUUGUUCUCUCAGCUCUCGUAGUAAAUCUUCCCUCUGUUGGGUUCAACACCUCUGUUUCCACUGGGCUCUAACAUUUGUCUAUGUAACAUAUAAAUGCAUCUAAAACAAUGUCUCAGUCUGCGUUCAGAAGAAGUGUUCAUGAGAAUAAUAACGAAAAGUCAGGGGAUUGCCACAGAGAGAAUAAAAGCUAAUAUUACACAUCACUUCAACAGGUAACAGAGGAGAUUAAGUCAUUGUUAGGAAGUGACUCCAUCAUUACCACCGGAAGAAGAUGCUAUAUUCAUUUUUAAGACGCAGCGCAUCAGACAGUUUGACAUUUGAGAGUGUGGGACCGAGAGAGAAGCACGAUGGAUCAGAUCAGAUGGAUUAUAAUGUCUUCAUUUCUGAUGCUGCUGGUUCAGUUUACAGCAGCAGCUUGGAAGUAUUCCUCCUCCACUGUCAGAGUUGGAGAUGAAGUCACUUUGUCUUGUGGAAAUGUGACAGAUGAUCAGGAGAAGUGUAACAGUAUUGACUGGCUCUUCACUGGUUCAGGAAACACAGUGUUGCUGUUUGAACAUGGGCAGAUUCAGGAAGAAGCCAAAACUAAAUCAGACAGACUGAGUGUUACAGAGAACUGUUCUCUGGUUAUAAAGAAGGUCACAGAUGAGGAUACUGGUCGUUACAUCUGCAGACAGUUCAGAUCAGGACAUUAUUAUGGUUUAGACACAGUUUAUCUGUCUGUUGUUACCAUGACUGAACAGAAGAACGAUGAUACGGUCACCUUGAUCUGCUCUGCGUCGAGAUAUAGGUGUGACCACACAGUGAAGUGGCUGUAUGAGGGUGAUGAGACUGACAUGGAGACAACACAGCUUUCCUGUUCAGCCACUGUGACAUUUACAACAUCUCACCUUCAUCAGAAGUCAAAGUAUUACAAGUUAUUGAAAUGUGAAGUGUCAAACGUUUUGAUUGGAGAAGGGCAGCUGUUCAGCUUCAUCCCUCCUCAGUCCUCAGGUGAGAAACCAGGUGAUGAUGCAACAACUACAAUAUCUCCGAUGACAACAGGAAAUAAAUGGACAUCAGAAGAGACAAACAACACGGCAUCUGAAAACAACAAUCAAACUAAACCAGAAGGUGAUGAUGCAACAACUACAAUAUCUCUGACUACGAAUAAAUCACCAAUGACAACAGGAAAUAAAUGGACAUCAGAAGAGACAAACAACACGGCAUCUGAAAACAACAAUCAAACUAAACCAGAAGGCUGGUGGAGGAUCAUCGUCGUGUCUCUGGGUUUAGCAACACUCAUAAUAAGUGUUGUGGUGGUCAACAUAUGGACAAGAGCUAAAGGGAACAAAACACAGACGGACGAUAACAUUGUGAGUUUAAACAGCAGAUGAUAACAUUUCUAUACA